AUGUCCAAUAACACCAUCAGCCUCGAAUCUCUGCCACCACGACCGCCCACUCCACCAAAAAGAGAACCACAUAAUGCGCCCCCAGCUACGAUUCUAAGAAAUGUCCUGGCCCCGAUCGAGUUCGACAGCAAUCUCAAGGCCGUCCAUACCCCGCCUGCCCUAGACUCGCCCGGCUCAGGCCUCGACAGCAAAUCCACAUCCAAACGAAGCGUCAAAAGAGUUGGGUUCUCGGCAAAGGCAGAAUACAAAGACGCUCCAGUUUUUAUCGACGGUGACAAGAGACAGCAGCCGACCCCCGUCUCCCUCUCGAGACGCGCCUCCAAGCCCGUCAAAUCCAUCCUCAAAAUCACCCACCACGUCCCGAAUCCUCUCGAGGCAAACAACGGCGACCCGUCCGAUCCCUCGAACGCGAAUACCUCCAUUGCCAACAUGUUGGAGUCAACCUUGAAGCAACUCGCCGGCGGCGAUCGCGACUCCAAGCUCGAUUCCUACAUGAUGUUGACGCGCGCCUUCAAGGUCUCCAACAACCUACCAGACAGGGUGGCUUUGCAAGAGAAGAUGGGCUUGUUCAUGCAGUUCAUGCAAAGAGACCUUGUCGCCAGGACACCUCAGGGCACCCUCGAUUCAUCGCUUGUUCAACAUGCUCUCAAGCUGAUCGUCACUUUCCUUGGCCUCCCUGCCAUUGCCUCGACCAUCACGACCGAUUUCGGAUCCUUCCUCAUCGAUCACUGUAUCCGAUCCUUCCAAGACACCUCGACCCCGAAAGACACGGCUCGGCAUUUGAUGCAGGUUGUGUUGAUACAAAACUUUCCGUCCAAGGUUAUGACCCCUGAGCGAGUCGGCAGAUUGGUCACGUCGCUACACAACAUCGAGGAGAAUAUCAAGGGAAAGAGCAUCAUCAUGUAUCGGGUCAUGAUAUACCAGAAACUGGUCAGCCAAACGGGAAAGACCAUGGUCAUCCACUCGGACUGGCUGUAUGACCUUUUCACGGACAUGCUCAGCACAAUAAAGGAUAUCAGGGAGAAAGCCGUCACCCUGGGCCUCAACGCUGCGUUCACCAUUGGCCAUGAAGUCCAGCUUUCGCGCAAGGCAAUGGAGAUAUUCAACUCGGUCUCGGAAGAAAAGAAGUACAUCGAGUACUACGAGGAGAGGCUGAAAUCUAUGGUCAAGGACAAGACCGUCUCUGCCUCGGUUCCUCACAUCUGGAGCGUCGUUAUCCUCUUGUUGCGGAUCCGCCUGAGGGUAUGGGACCGUACAGCGCAUUGGUUGACACUGGUCCAAAAUUGUUUCAACAACAUCGAUUACCCUACCAAGAUUGCCGCGCAUCAUGCCUGGGCUCGUCUCACUUACUUGACGAAUGCCGUAGAGCCGUCAUUCGAGUCAUCUAUCAAAACCAUCAUCACCCCUCUGACUAGUCAGCUCAAGAGGAAGAACAGCGGGAAGGCCUCGGAAGGACAACUAAGGGCAGCCGUCUUGGGCGAUGUGUGCAACCUCUGGUACUAUCUUUUCAAACCAAACACGAAUGUGACUUUGCUGGAUGGAUACUGGAAGGCCGGCGUCCAACCCAUCAUUACGGCACUGGUGUCCAGCCCAGAACUUUCCAAACCAGCAGCCGAGAACCCAAUCCAGAAACGACAGGAGACCCAUGGACAAGCAAGUGUCAUCCUCAGCGGUCUCUUCAACUGCACAACAGCCAGGCGAUGGACUGUGGAUCGAGUAAUGGACGAACCCCUCGCUAGUCCCCAGGAGGUUCCAGCCAUUGACGCAAAAUGGGUUCGGAAAAACGCGCGCAUGAUUCUUUCUGCGAUUGAGCCUAUCCUCGCCCAAGACUUUAUUGCACUUUCCAACAAGAAGAGCGCAGUCUACUGGCUCUGGGCCUCUCUCGUUGGCUCUAUUGCAUCUGCCGCAUCUAAAGAGAUCAAGGUCUCCAAAGACACAGGCUUAUUUAUAACAGAAGCAUUGUCUGUUCUGCAAAAGAUUUGGCUUAAGGGUGUACAACCAGGUGAUGCUGCUUCGGCAGUGGACUUUCUUCGUGCUACAAAGGGGUAUGUGGAGAUCAUGAUAACCUCACUUGGUCUCCUCCCUUUCACAGAGAAGCUGGGCAAGGCCCAAGCUGGCCAAAAGACUCCUAUGCACAACCUGUUCUCCAUGCUGUCUGGGCUUCCUAAUGGCAUCCCUGACGACGAGACUUUUGAAGUCUUCUUCACUUCAGUCUUUGAGCACUUCACCGAGGCAAAGACCGAGAAGGGAAAGAUGGAAAUUGCUCUAGAUUUGCUCGCCAUGAUUCCUAUGGAGACACCACGUCCAUACGGAAUGUGGCUGUUUGUUGCAAAGGCGCUUGAGGGAUGGCUUCAGCCUGAUCAGAGUAGCAAUCACUCGACUGGUUCCGGUGAUACACCCAUAGGUCAUGAUUACCGUGAUAUCGUCAAGGUCCUUGAGCGUGGAAUCAGGUCGACUCCUAAUCUGCCCCGUGAGCACUGGGAGUCACUAUUCAAUGCUGUUCACCAGAGGGUCAGAUCAGAGGCAGGCGAACCCGGAGUUGCCAUUGUUGCCAUUGAGCCCCUAGCUAAGGUGGCCUUGGAUCAACUUACUACUCCGGGGCCCAUGGUCGCUUUCUUUAACGGAGUCCGAUGUGUAGCCGAGUUGUUGUCGAUUGCUAUCCAACCACGCGACAAGCAAGCCGUUGACGCAGCUCGAAGACGGCUCUGGGGAACGGCCCUGGCUGGUUCCCGCUCGGCAACAUUCGAUACCUUUGACAACCUGUACAAGGCUAUCAAUGAGGCAUCGACCCGCCUGUACAAGGAGUUCGACUCGGAUAAUUCCGAACUCAUCAUCCGCCUCCUGCAAGAGGUUGUCGGCUUUUUCGAUAGGUGUAACCAACAACUUGUCUUCAGGACACUGUUCAUUCUUCAAGAUGGCUUCCUUCCUUGGCUCCAAGAUUCUAACAGACUGCUUGGCAGCCAACUAAACGUCAUCGUGGCUGUGACAAACACGCUUUGGGACAAGUUAUGCGGUUUUCUCUCGACAACCGAACGCCCCGAGCAGCAGUUGGAUUCACUCACCCGCAUCCUCUGUGCCACCCUCGGUUCCUCUCAUCGAUACAUUGUCAACUCGGCUGUAUCUCUUUGGAACAGACUGUAUGGCAAAGCUGAGAAGCUCGACUACCCUGAAGAGCUCAAGCAAGUUCUUGCAAAGCUCCGACCAUAUGCCGACCUGGUCACACCAGGCCUAGAGCUCUCCAGCCUCGAAUAUCCCUCUCACGAACCUAUCUUUGUCGAGUCAGUGGAGGAGUUCAGCCUACCUAGACUACCACCACCAUCUUCAAGACGCACAACAAGAAGCGCUUCACGCACAAACUCCCCAGUCAAGACACCGGACCCUUUUAAGCGCAGGUCUCCAGCCACGCGACGUGCCAGUGCCACUCCCGAAGUCAAAAGCUCUGGCUUCAACCCCCGCCCUAAAGCGGCAGCACCACGACUUCGACACGAUGACUCCCAGAUCCAGUUUGCGGCGGUCGACUCCUCGCCCCACCUCAACCUCAUCAAUGAGGAAAUGGAAUCCCAACUCUUGACGGAGCGCCAAAAAGAAGUCCGCGAGCGCCAGAAGGAAAACGCCGCCCUCUUCCCCGAGCUCCGUUCUUCUCCAGCUACACGAACCCGAAGCUCCGCGCGUCUCGCCGCCCGCUCACGCGAGGGCUCCCCAUCGACUCCCCAGGCUGGAACCCCCAGCAAUCCAGGGGGCAGGUUCACCGAUCAUGUCAGUGGGACGCCUACCCCGCGUCGCGGGCAAGCGGCGUUGGUGAUCAUCGAUCAAGACAUGGACAUGAUGGACCCGCCCUCAUCACCGCCGAUGAUGGAACCAAGGAGGAAUCCACUCGCGGCUGAGAUAAGGUCCAGGUCGGCGAACACCAGCUUGUUGGAUGAUUGGCAGUUGUCCUCUUCUCCUAUUUCUGGCUCGCCUUUGAGGCAGCAGUCGUUUGCGCCAGUACCCUCGAGUUUGGCUGUGGCUGCGGCUUUGGAUGCUGUUAAUGCUGCGGUUGGAUCGUCACCGCCUGCGCCGGCAGAGGAGGCUGGGCAGGAUUUGAUGGAGGAAGAUGAUGAUAUUAUUGAGGAGAGUGUGCUGCCCGAGCAGGACAAUCAGGUUCUUCCUACCAUGGAGCAGGCUAAGUCGGCCAAGGAAGCUGUUAGUGUUUCUGUCAAGGGCUCAGGACUGCGAGCGCAUCUGGUUUUGCCAUGUCAGGACACGCCAGAGAAAUCGGAUCACGAGCUGGAGGAGUUUGUCGAUGCGCUUAGUAGCCCGCUGCCGCCGACGCCGCACCGUGCCGGUAGGUCGGCAAGAGCCACGACUCAAGCCAACACAGACCCGGUGAAGAAAUCCGCUCCCGCUCCUGCACCACCUCCGGCACCUACUCCCGCUUUCGCAACCGCACCAACUACUGCUCCUGCAGCCACAGCACCCGCACCCGCACCCACCCCAUCCGGCGCUCCCUCCUACGACGGCGGUGAGUGGGACGACCGCUCCCUCUUGAAACUGGUCGUCGAGCUCGACUCAGGUAAAACCAUCAACAGACAAGAAUACACCCGUCCCUCACCAUCCGUUUCUCCAGAGAAGUUACCUCUCACAGCAGCCAACCUCAAGCCCAAUUCUUCUAAUAGACCUGCUGGACCUGGUUCUGCGUCAGCCGCUCUCUCUCCGGCUGCUUCUUGCAUCGUGGCUUUGGACGACGAUAACAUCAUCGACGAAAGCGAACAUGUUCCAAAGCUAGCGCCGGCGCCCGUGGCAACGAGAGGAAGGGGAAGGGUGACGAGAUCGAGGGCUAGUUCUGUUGCUUCCAACCGCUCAGUUGAACAGGUUACUAGUUCACAGCCCCAAGAAAAGGCUGAAAAGGGGAAGUCAUCAAAACUUAAGGGCCCGACGAGCGCACGGGCGGGAGCGGGAACGGGAACGGGAAAGGGGAAGAGGAAGAGGGUUGCUUCUUCCGCUUCGGAGACUGCUCCUGCUGCUACUGGAACUGCUGCUACUUCUGCUGCGACUGCUGGGACUGGACCUACAAAGAAGAGGAGAGUUGGACGCCCUUCAUCUACUGCACCCGUGCCUGCUGCUGAAAAGGGGGUGGCAGAGGUUCAGCCCCCCAAGCCAGAACCGAUUUUCUACGAGCGCCUACCCAUCUCCGUCGUGUCUUCUUCGAGGUCUUCCUCAUUGUCGCAACCACCGUCUAGCCGUGCUUCCUCGGUAUCGGUGGUGUCUAACUCUGUUCUUACUGAGCGAGCAAGGGGUCUGCCUCAGACUGCCGCCUAUCAGCGAACUAUCCCCUCUUCGUUGCCGCAGCAGAUAUCACAAUUAUCUGCGCCUGCUCCGGUGCCGAUGGAGGUUGAGCAGCCUGGACAACCUGAUAUGGGUGGUGCUGCUGAGGCAAGUGAGGAAGUUGCUGAGUCCCAAGGGUCCCAAGGGUCACAAGGGGCUCAACAGGUGCCGGAGAUAGAAGAGCUAUCAUCCGAUGGUGAAGAGCUCGUCCAGUCUCAGAUAGAAUUCGAGUCUCGGAGUGCGGAUGAGAGACAGUCACUUUCUUUGUCUCAGAUUGAGCACUCGGAUGAGGACUUGAUUCCUAGUUCGCCGUUUAUGACUGUGCCUGGUGGUGCUGGUAGGAGAAGCGGGGAUGGAAGUGGGAGUGGAAAUGGGAGUGGUGACGGGAGCGAUGUGUUGGUGGAGGACACCGUUCUCUCUGAGAAGCAAACCUUCGGACAGGAAGAUGAUAUGGAAGUUGAUGAUCCUGAACCAGAACCACAAUCACAAUCACAGCAACAGCAGACGAAGAAGAAGAAGAAGACAAGAGGUGGGAAACAACACGGGGUUGGAAGAUGUGAAGCAAAGACCGGUGGAAGGAAGGCUGACGGAGGACUUUGUUACCAGCGAAAGCAGCGAGAUCGGAAACGACAACAACAACCCACAAGACAGUCGCCCAGGAAGUCUUCAGCAAAAGCUCCACCAACAACCGCAGCGACAAAGGCCACAACCGCAGCAGCAAAAUCAACCAAAUCAACCUGGCGAGGCCAAGGACAAGGCACAGGCCUCCUCUUUGGAAAACAACCUCAACAACAACCCGAGCAACCAAAGCCAAAACCCAACCCAAAACCAAAGCACAAGCAACCCAAGCACAGGCAGCAAGGAAAGAAUCCUCACCACCCUCCGCGCCAGUCUCGCCGAGCUGCGAACCGCAACGGCAACAGGCGGCCUGUCGAGACAAGAAGUGUACGAGAUUGA